AUGUUAAUGCUACCACUAUACGCCCUCUCCCUCCUCCAACUAGCGAGCGCAUGGACAUUCCGCUACACCAACAAAACGGACGACACACUUAUCCUACGCGGCAGCGAUGACAAGAACUGCACUGUCAUAAGUCUUGCCGAAGGAAAGCUUUUCACAUAUGACCCAGAAGGCUCUGAUCUCUGCGUUUCGAUAUACUACGACGAUGAAUGUGACUCCCGAGCCGGAUACUCGUGUACUUCCUGGCGCAAAAAUGCCAGUGCCUCCUUCUUCGGAGUCGAUAUCGGCCCUGAGAGGCUAGCUACUUCUACCAGCACCACUGCGCUACCAACUUUCUCCAGUGCAGUAUCUACCUCUACAUCGAAACCUGCAAGCGUUUCCGAGGCUGUGACAAACACACCAACGUCAACCCCGACCACAACGCCCACUGACGCUUCCAAGAGUGACUCAUCGUCUAGUUUGUCUGGUGGAGCGAUUGCAGGUAUCGUGAUUGGCGUUGUAGCAGGUCUUGCUGUCCUCGCUGGUCUGAUUUUCUUUGUGUGGAGGAAUCGCAAGAAUAAUGCGCCUCCUUCUGUCCAGCCCGGUGGCUAUGGGCCGCAUGAAGCUGAGGCUACUGUUUCUUCUUUCAGUGGUGCUACAGAGAAGAUGGAUGAUACUUCGAAGGGAGGGUCGUUGCGUCCUCAGACUGGCUCGGAGGUCGUUGAGCUUGCUGGCGAUGUGACUUAUGAGCUGCCUAAUAGUCCAAUUAAUGAGAUGGAUGGAAAUUCAACAACUAAACCGUCAUAUCGUGUUUGA